AUGACACACACCAGCGAAACAAUCUGGGAAAGCCUCCCCCGCUACCCAGUCCCCGAUGAGCUCGAGAAGGCCCUCGCAGCACCAGAAACACAAAAGGCUGAAGACAAUGCAAGCACAGCCCUACUGAAUGCCGCCAUGAAAGCAGACCCCGAAGCCUUCGCAGCAGCAGCAGACAAGCUCUUCAGCAGCGAACCCAACAUCCACAUCCUCACGCCCAUCAUGAAAGCUACGGCGAUAGCUCUCAGCGGAGUCCGCAAGGAAGUUAACCACGACACCCGGGUUGACUGUCACAUACUAGGAAAAGACCUUCUGAGAAGAGUCAUGGACUGGAAAACCGGAAAGGAGCGCGAGGUCGUCCUGCACCACGCUCUGACAAUUGCUGCACUGACAGGCAAUGUGGAUAUCGCGCAGGGGAUACUGGCGGAGGACAACGCAGUUGCAUUCCACGAGAUCCCGAUCUACGCUGCUGUCAAAGCCGCAGCGAUUCCUGAGAAGAAGGGCAAUGCGGAAGUCGUUCUCGCGAGGCUCGUUGCCAGUCUGUGUGAUAGGGAGCAUAAGGAGGACGUGGCGUAUGUAGCCUCCCUGCUUGGACUUGGGCUUGGACUUGGGCUUGGACUUGAACGUGAGCCGGCCAAUGACAUUGUCGGUGCUCAUGUCGAGGCUCACAAGGCCAGUAUAAUCACCGAGGCAUUGGAGAUUAACCGCCAGAUUGGAUGGAAUGAGGAGGUUGCGGCGAUUCUCAUGCCGGCGUAUCGCAAGUUUGUUGGUGAGGGCGUUGAGGUUGAUUUGGCCAGACUGACUGAUGCCUUUGAGGAGAAGGUGAUGGAUGUCUACUUGAACUGGUCAGUCACGCAGUGCCAGACGAUCCUUAACGAUAGGAGUCUUGCAAGUGGCAAUGGGACGCCGAAGGUGCUCAGAACGAGCAUUAAAAGGCGCAUUAGGGCUGGUGUUGCGAUGGAGAAGGACAAGGGCACCAAUAGUGCCCAGACAGUUCGUGAGGAUAAGAGGGAAAGCUAG